AUGAGCACUCGAGCUGCAAUCCCGCAGUCACAGGGAGUUGGAGACGAGGGUGACGGUGGUGUUGAGGGCAAUAGCUACGAGCUCGCCCAUAUCUCGGGCUGCCCACAAAGCUCGUCGGCCCAGGAACUUUCCACUGCGUUACCUCCAGUUGAGGAAGAAGUCAACCAGGCCCAACCUGUCGCAGAAGCUUCGAUCUCUCCACCAGAUGAUCCGCCUACACAGCCACCAAUCAAUGCAGAAACAGCAUUCAGUGCGGUGUACCAGGCCGCUCGCAAGUUCGGCAAGGAGAGAGCUGAGCUUAUCAUACGAGUCAUUGCUGUGCUAGCUUUCUUCAUCGCUGUCGUUACAUUGUGGCCGACCAUUGCUGCUGCUUAUGACGGCCGGGAGGCGAGAUUGAUGGCUGAAUGGGAGGCUCACAAAGACUUCAUCGAGUUCUGUGAAACUGUAAGAUCUCACCGAUGUUUCUUUCGCCUCGCACUAUCUGGGUCGUUCGACUAA